GCAAAAGCACCAUCCGCACAGACUGUCGGACACCCUGAAAGCAACAAGCUUGACUGGACCGGACAAAACGCCCACUGCAGUGGUGCCGUAGACUCUGAGUAGACGGAGAUAAACAAGGUCCUUUUUCCAGCCUUAAACGUCGGUCUGAAUUCAACUGAAGACAAAAAGAUGUCGGUGGGUUAUAAAGAUGACCAGAACGACUGGGUGACCGUGUGCCUCAAGUACCUGCUCUUUGUUUUCAACUUUCUCUUCUGGAUGGGCGGAGCUGCUGUUCUGGGUGUGGGCGUCUGGACAUUGGUGGCAAAGAGCGACUACUUGAGCCUACUGGCCUCCAGCACUUUUGCUGUGUCAGCAUACACCCUCAUCUUAGCUGGCAGCCUGGUGGUAGUUACAGGCUUUUUGGGCUGUUGUGCAGUCAUCCGGGAGCAGAGAAGCUGUCUGUCCACGUAUUUCAUCUGCCUCCUGUUUAUCUUCUUGAUCGAACUUGUGGCCGGAGUACUAGCUUAUGUAUACUACCAGAGGCUGAGUGAGGAGCUGAAGCAGCAUCUCAACCACACUAUGACAGAGAACUACGCUCAGCCAGGAAAGGAGGCAGUCACAUUUGCGGUUGACAAUCUACAACAGGAUUUCAAAUGCUGUGGCAGCAACAAUUCUCAUGAUUGGACUGUGAGCAAGUACCUUGUGUCAGGGCAAGCAGAAGGCAGGGCGGUACCUGACAGCUGCUGUAAGACCAUCACACCUCACUGUGGAAAGAGGGACCACCCCUCCAACAUCUACAAAGUGGAGGGUGGCUGCAUCACUAAGCUGGAAAAGUUCCUUGCAGAUCACCUAUUGGUUAUCGGUGCAGUGGGGAUAGGAGUGGCCUGUCUGCAGUUGGUCGGGGCACUCUUGACAGCCUGCUUUAUCUAUCUGCUCUAUAAAGAAGAGGAAGAGGACUUUGGUGCAUUGUAAUUUGGCUCUAGAGCGCUGCUGGUUUAAUCUAAACGAGAGGCAAGAUAUGUGGAAUGGUGUUCACCUGCUGCUUGUACAGAAGGAUCAAGAUGGACCCUUACUGAGCACAACGUGACCCCUGCACACCACCUUCAACAGAUGGAGCAUGACCUGCUGACACCUAACCAAACUUUAAAUCCCUGCAUUGUGAUCUGAUGAUCUAAGCGUUGGACACACACGAUAGAAACUCAGGCUCAUGAGUUUCUGUUACCUGGUCUAGGCUGGAUGUUUUUUGCAUGCUUUAAUUUGAACAUGACUUAAAAAAGGGAAAGACUUAAGUUGUGUGGUAUUCUAUGCAACUCAUGAGGGUGCGAAUUUAAUUGUUUUUAAUUAGGAGAUUUAUAUAGGAGUGUUUCGAUAAUUCCAAGUCGAAUCGGCUGAGUAAGAGCACAGAGUACAAAGAAAGAAAGUUAUGUGUGUGUUUCUGUCUUUUGUAAACACAAUGUGCCUCUUACAUAAUUCUACUGGUAAAUAAUUAUGUAUAAAUUCAGUGCCUGAAGUCUUGAAAGUGAGCUGUCAAUACACUGUGAUAAACCGCAGCAAAUGAACGGAGUCAUGUUUAUAUUUGUAGCUUUGUCUUUAAUUCUAACACGUUGGCUGAGUGAUGGUAAUCAAAAUAAACUUUGCAGUAUCAAUAAUGCUCAUAUGUAUGGCUACAAAGAAGAAAAAACUAUUUUAUUCCAUUUAAGAAAGUGAUAAUUUUCUGUAAACGCUGCUAAAUCUCUGAAUUUAGAGCUCCAUCUAGUGGUCAGCAUAGGUAACUUGAUUUGAGGAUGGUAAAUGUAACUGUUCAUCUUUUGUGAACUUUAAGCUUUUAAUACUGCUGAUAUUAAUAGUAUAAUAUUAAUUAAUAUUGCUGAUUGUUUUUGGUUUUUAUAUGCCGUUCCUCACUUCAGACGCCAAUCCCCCCCCCAGUGGCUUUACAGUGAUGAAUAUGAGUGAUCUGUGAAUCAAAUUGAAUACAGUUCCCCCUGUUUUUGCUGCCUAUUAUAUGCCUUGCUACCUUAUUAUUAUUUUUUUUUUCCUUGUCUUUGUUAUAUAGCCACCAUAAUAUAGGUGUUUUAGUUGCUAAACAGUGGAAAAUGGCUGUCUCUCUUUCAGGCUAUUUAAAUCUUCUACCAAAAUAUGACGCCAUUCUCAGCACUCCACCUUCUGUAAAGGGACCUUGCAGGAUUUGAGAAACCCUUUUGGAAUUGCUAGACUUUCACAAUUAAUAUUCUUAAACUGGUUUCAGCUAUUCCAGUCAUAGCUAUAGGCCAAGACAAUUUGACAAGACUAAUAAUGGACAAAUAGUUAUGUAAAAAUAGUCCCAGCUUUUCAUGCAUUCUCUGUAUGAACAACGGCUCGAGGACAGACGGAACUUUUUAUUCACGCUGUGUGGACCUUUUACUGAGUGCUUGCAGGUGUUUGCCUGAACUCAACUUCAUUACAAUAACACACAAAUCUCAUUGUCUUCUGAACCUCCGUCCUCUGUGAUUGCUCACACCAUGCACACUGGAUCAGCAUGAGAAGGGGAGCAGUAAUUGCUCUCUAAACGACUCUGCCACAUAUUUCUCUUCAGGUGUAUAGAAUAUUAAACCUAUUGACUAACCGUUCACCAGAAAAUAUAUUUUGUAAUAUAAUAUUAUACAGCUCCGGCACAUGUUUUAUUCAUGUUCAGGACAAUUUGAACAACGGUGAAAUUUAAUAUUGGGCCACCGUUGGUACUUCUGGAACAGCUUGACUUAACAGCUGUCUUCAGGUCAUGAGACAUCAUGUCAAUUAGAUGAAGGCCAUAAAUCUGACCUCACCAUCCCAUAACCUGAAUUUCAUUCAUUUUUUUUUAGAUUUUUUUGGGUGAUUUAUUUAUGCGCUUUUGGUAUUACCCAACUUUUCCUAUGCUCAGGUUAUGGGCUGCUGCCUCCAUUAUGAUGCAUAACAGCUGGAAAUAAGUUCUGGUGUUGUUGUGCGGCUUUUUUCUCUUUGUCGUGCCGUCUCUCCCAAAAAAUUCAACUAUCAUUUCAUCUGUCUGUUGUGGAUUAUCCAGCUGGUGUUCAGAAAUUCUUUUAUAGGCUCUUUCUGCUGUAUGAAUCAUAAUGUCUUUUUUCUACCCUCCAAGGUUUGUUGAAAGUUGUCAAAAAUUAAAGGAAUGGCGUGUCUGGAACUAACACUUCUUUUCUCAUGUCCUUAACUAAAACACCUGACUCCAAGUAACUUUUGGACAAGUCAGGAGAAGAGGUAUUUACUGUAGCACUUUAAGUAAAUUCGAUUAUCCUUGUCUAAAAGUGAAGAUGAGAAAUUAAAGGACAAAUCCUGAAGAUUUCAAUAGUUCAUAAACUUUUUUCCCCCCCUACUUGUAUGUUGUUUUCCUGAUUAAAAUUUUGGAUGCUUAUAUAUGUAACUGGUUGUUGAUGAUAUGACACUGGCACGUGCUUCAACUACUGACUGUUUUCUUUGAAAUGUGGCUCUAGAACUCAAAAAUAAAUGUUUAAAUGUUGCAUUUAAACAACUGUGUUGUAUUCAUAAAAGGGUAAUAUUAACACUCUGUUUGGACAGAUGCCUAUGAUGCUGUGAUUCCAGCUUUGUGUUAGUUGAUGUGAUUAAUUAGUAAUUUGUUAUUUAUCUAGACCAGAAUCAUACGUUUAUCCCAGAGAAAUCUAUCAUUUUUGCAGCAUAUGUUUGAAUUACACCAUAUGCAUAUAUCCAAGAAAAACGUAAGCUUAGGUAAAAGUAAAAGAAAAUCCACUAGAGGGAGACAAAGAUUUAUCAUUUGAAGAGAUGCAAACUUGCACAACUUAGUGUUGACCCGACUGAACCCUUUUGGUUUUGCCAUAUGUUCAGAGUGGCUUUCUCACACAUCAGUAGAUACUGCUACCUGACUCACUUCUAGUCUUUGAAAAGAUUGUUUUGACAGGACCUCAGAAAUCUGCCAAGUUGGAACUAACACAUUUGAUGUAAACUGCAGGUCUCUUUUGUGCGUUAACCACUGAUUGAAUUGCAAACUCUGAUACCCGUGAGAACUAAACACUGCUCGGCUACUUACUGUAACAGAUGAGCACAAACAGUGCCUGCUGAUUAUACACACAUCAAAUUCACUUUACUCUUCAAUUAAUCUUCUCAUUAUGGUUUUACAGCCAUGGUUUUGGGCGGUUUUGUAAUCUUGUCCCUUUGUAUUUAAUCUGUGCAUUGUAGUAAAUAAAGAGUCAAAGUCUUGCAAGAUAAUGUGAGCUGGAUGGACAUCUUACUUUGUAUAUAAUGUGUGAGCUCAAGUACGAGUGCAGUGGGAAAGCUUUUGUUACGUGUGGGGUCUUCCACAAUUCCACAUCGGAAAAAUCUCGUAGCGUUCCCAGCUGAAACCGCAUUUAUUUGCGGCGCAGCACUUGUGCAUGUCUGUGUGGUUUUAGGCUAUUGUUGAGGAAAAAUCUCCAUAUCUUAAAGAACUGUGCCAUGCACAUAGGAUAUUUGUGCGUUAUUGUUUGUGCUAUAUUGCUGCCAUAUGCUCAAGCUCUUUGUCUUUGAGGCACCAGCUUCCCCCUUUCUCUUCGUUGCCCUGCUCCAGAUUACUUACAAGACGCUGCGCCAGUUCAGGGCGAUCUAUCAUUGUCACCCAUUUAGGAAAAAAGUUUUAAAAAGAGUUUGGAUGUUCUCCAACAUUUUGGCUUCGGCGAGCCUAUAGAAAGUGUCAGUCCCUUUGUCUUCAUCAACUAUAGGAGGGUGGCUCUCAUUUCCUGCAAAUGUCACACAUGCUACAAUGUAGAGACACUGACAAGACAGAAACACACGUGCACGCACACAACCAAGAGGCUAUACGCAUUAGCAUGCCGUCUGUACCCUUUGCCAGAAAACACCCAUGAGGGAGAAUUGGGAGCAGCUGGAGAUUCACCACUCCCCAUGUGUUGAGGCCUCUUUGCAACACAAGGACAAAUACACACUGCUUAUAUCCUCUCUACCUAUCACAUUGUAGCCAUAGGGAUGAUAUUUCAGCAAGACGUCUUAAAGUUACCUAAGAACACAUGUUGCAGUCUCAUUUAUCAGUGGACCAUGAAUGCGUGUUUGCAUGUACAAGGUAACACUGAAAUACUGGCAGUGUUGCUCACAGAAGAGCAUGUGCACCCUUGCAAAUUAGCCUGACAGCACACAUUUAACAUUUCUUAGGAUGCAAGGUAUUUGUUGAGCACUCAUAAAAAAAAUAAUUUAAAAAAAAUCUGGUGCAACCACUUUUGCCUCAAGAAAUACACCUGUGUUCAAUAUGUGCAGAAAUACUUAGUUGUGGUAAUUAAAUGCUGUGGUCCUUUUAGCAUAAUAGAUGUACACAGAAAGAACUUCUGUAACACAUUUUGUGUUCACUGGAACAUCCCCAAAGGUCUGGUUAGAGAUUUGUUUUUCCUGAGGACCGUAAGCAUUUUCUGAUGAAGUAAAACUGAGAUUGUGCUUUUGUGCAAGGCCUGGUCUUUAAAGACUAAAAAGAAAACCUGAAAUGAUUAAGACUCAGGUCAGAGUAAGACACACUGCUAAAAAGUUCAAUCAAGGGGUGUGAAAGUCCUCAGUUAUCUGCACACAAGGAGAAUGCAGUAUUCACAGACCGUAUCUUGUCUGUAACAACAAAGUCCCAAAGAGCGAUCAUCUUACAGCUUAACACAUCUCAGCAUGGUGUGCAGUGUGUCCUUAAAAAAUUUGAGGGAACUUGAAAAAUCUAUGUACAGGAACAGCAUGUGAAAGUCAUGUCCUGAAAAAGUGUGUGUGUGUGUGUGUGUG